GUGCAAAGAAUCCGAAACGCUUGGAACAAGAAACUCGAUGCUCGGCAAUAAAUUAGAACCGUAAAAAUGGCACGUCACAAAUCCCGAGCGAUUCUCGCAACCACCGCCGCCGCUAGCAUGUUCUGGACGAUUGCCAUGUGCCUGGCGCUGCUCUCGGUCGUCGAUGCCGGCGACGCGUGCUGCAAGGCCGAGGCCGCCCGGAGGGCCCUGGUUCCCGAUCCCUUUGCCGUGAAACCAGCGGUGUGGGACGACGAAGACGACGGUCCCUGGGAGGCCCCCAAGGUGAAAAUGUCCGACCUCCCGGCCUGGUACCGGCUGCUCCACGAGGUCCGCAUCGGGCUGGCGGGAGCGGCGCCGUGGCUGGUGGUGGGUGUGGCGGCCGCUGCCCUGCUCACCACGGUGAUGAAGCCGCUGGUUCCGUCCUCCCUGCUUCGCUCGUGCCUCGGGAGCGGCAGCAACAGCAACAGCAACGCGGUGCUGGAUUCGGUUCGGGGGUCCGUCUUUGGCUUGCUGGUUCCCUUCUGCUCCUGCGGAGCCCUCCCCCUCGCUCUGGCACUGAGCCAAGAGGGGGUUUCCCCGUCCUCGAUCGCUGCCUUUGUGACGGCUGCACAGGCAGCGGGCGUGGAUUCCUUGUUUUUCACCUACGGCGUGUUUGGUGCCAGGGUGGCCCUUUUCCGUUUGGCGUCUGCGGGGAUGCUGGCGUUUUUGGUGGGAAUGACGCUCGCGGUUUCCAGCAGCGAAGGAAACAACAAGGCGGGCGACAAACAGCCGACCAGCGAUUCCAAGAACCAAAGCAAAGCAAGCAGCAACGAUGGUGGGACUUGCUGCAACAGCAACAAGGCCAGCGGCGGAUGUGGAGAGGAACCGAACACGAAUUCGGAGGCAAGCUCUCCCGUCACCGGCGCGGCGUCGCUCGCCAUGUUUGCGCACACCGCCGUGGAACUCUUUGCGUCCGUCUCGGUGUGGGUGGUCCUGGGCGUGGUGGUAUCGGCGUCGGCGUCCGUCUGGGCCCCCGCGUCGUCGUUCGCCCCGGUGCCCAGCGACGGGAGCCCCGGCUCGCUGGUUCAAUCGGUGGUGGUCCGGACCGGCCUCUUCCUGCUGACGGUCCCCCUGACCAUUUGCGAACACGGGAUCGUCUCGCUGGCGGACGCCCUCCGGGGCGUUGGGUUCUCGGUCGGAACCGCGGUGGCCCUCGUCGUGACGGGGCCGUCCACGAACGCAGGGACCCUCCUGUUGCUCUCGCGGCUGAACCAGAACAAGCGCCAGCAGCAGCAAMAACAACAACAACGGGGCGGCGGAUGGAUCGCCGACGCCACCAAAAUCACGGUGGUGGUAGUCGUGUUCGGGGUGUGCCUUUCCUACCUGGCGGACGAUUUCGGAUCGACCGCGGCAAUGGCGGACAACCUCGGGGCGAAGCAAGGUGGCGGUGGCGGCUCGGCGCUUCCGGGAUGGCUGAACGAGAACGCGGUCUCGGUGGCGGGGGUCUUGACGGUUUUGUCGAUCCUGCAGUCCUCCUCGCUUCUCUUUCGCUCGCCGUUGUCGUCUUCUUGUUCGAGCUAAUCACUAGCACAACGAUCGUGCUCGUUUCUGUCGGAGGUCCUCGAACCAAACCAAUGUUUCGUGGACAAGCAAUAAUAGUGAUAGAUCCAU